GUAACUCUGUUUACAAAUUUCUCCGAAAGAGGGCGUAUGUAGUCAACAAAUGUCUAUGAACUGAUGUGCAUAUGUAUCAAACUAUACUAUGAAUAUAUAAAGCUCGACUAAAAGGCUUAUUUCUAUUUAACAAAAAAUCAAUAAUAAGAACGUUUUCAAGUAUCCGUUCAGACAAUUUUUAUUACUUUUAUUGCUCUAAAAUGAGUGUUAAUUAAUACCUAAACGUAUACCUAUCAACGGCACAAUUAUUGUUUGUUUAUUUGUGUACUCAUAUUUCUUUUGGAAUUCAGAUCGUAUCGACGAUUUGUAAAUAAAUAACGCAAAAAUAUGGCCUCGGCUGCUAUAUCACCAACUGAAGAUGACGAAUUGACCUUACCUCGUGCAUCGAUUAAUAAGAUGAUCAAAGAAAUAUUACCACAUGUACGCGUAGCAAACGAAUCUCGAGAAUUAAUUUUAAAUUGUUGUACAGAAUUUAUUCAUUUGCUUUCUUCUGAAGCAAAUGAAAUUUGUAAUCAACAACAAAAAAAAACCAUAAAUGCUGAACAUGUCCUUCAAGCACUUGAAAAGCUUGGAUUUGGAGACUAUAGUGCAGAAGCGGAGGCAGUUUUACGAGAUUGCAAGGCUGUUGCAGCUAAACGAAGACGUCAGAGUACUAGAUUAGAAAAUUUAGGAAUACCAGAAGAAGAAUUGCUUAGACAACAACAAGAAUUGUUUGCGAAAGCAAGAGAAGAACAAGCAGUAGCUGAACAACAACAAUGGCAACAACUGCAAGCAGUUGCACAAAUGGCUUCGAUGCAACAAGCUGAUAGUGAACAAGAAGAUUACUCGUAAAUUAAGUUUACAUUGUUUGAUUUGUUUCAAUGUGUUUGUCCAAAAUCGAAUC